AUGAAGACUGUUAUUCUAGACUGUUUGACUAAUCUAAAUUUGGCGUCUGAAGAUCUGAGCACCGUCCAUAAUUCUGUUCUACAAUCGCUGAAUUCUGCGGAAGUGGCGGCAUUGCCCGUCCUAGUAAAGUUCGUCCUCCAGUUAACAGACUCGCAAAACGCAGAUCACGUGGCUUCUGCCUUGAGGAACUUUAUCGAUUUGAACUACAUUUUGAGACCUCCACACUGCACUUAUGGAUUGUUGACUUUGGACGCCCUCAAGUCGGGAUUUCAGUUUCAACCUCUCAUUGGCUCUUCUUGGAUCACCGGCCUCGAAAAGGUUGAAUGCUUGGAACUUAUAGACGUUUAUGUUCUUCUGCACAUGUUGAGUUUGCACCACCACAAGAAAAGACGUCUUGAAACUUUCAUUAAAAAACUGGUCAGAAAAAAGCUACUGAAUGCACACGUGGCGGAGCAACUCGUUGAAGAGCCCAUUCUCUCUGCCUUUAAAACGUCCAUGAAUUCUCUGAUCGUCCAGUGUUCCCAUAUGCUUGCGAGUAACGAGGUGGCGCUUAGAGACUUUGCGAGUGGGGCAUAUAGAAUACUUUUUGAGAAGUUGGGUGGAGAAGGCCGCCAAUGGAUCGUUAGUAACCUCGUGGUCCACAUUGGCAGUAAACAACCAAAGGAAGUUGCCACUGCAGUCGAUAUUUUACACGCCAUUUCUGAGGAGUCGCUGCCAUUGCUGCGUCCCUUUGAGCCUUUCAUUAAAGCUAUUCUGGACUACAUCGACGAAUUUUCUACUACCGAAGUGCGAAAAAUUUUUUCAGUCCUGUGCGCGCUCGGCUCGGAAAGUAAAGAAACCGGUCUCGAUGAUGUCCACAUGGUCGUUCGAAAGCGCCUCUCAAGUGCAUACCUCCGUCACAAACGAGUUGGUAUUGUUGGUGCUGUUGUUAUGAUUCGUUAUCUGGAUGCCCCUCAAGAAUUCAACCUACUCGAUACCAAUCUGGACCUGUUCACGGAGACGGGUGCACCAGCCUCUCCUGCCGCAGCGAGACGAAUCUCUGUUGUGCUCGAUAUGCUUACCGGUAUCGCGCACAUUUCAUCCUGCAGCGCGCUCAUUUGCGAGGAAUUUGCUUUGCUCCUCUCACACGUGUCGCUGUCUAUGGAAGUUGUGGCGGAAGUCAGAAGGAGAUUCACUAGAGAUUUUGAAGAGGCUUUUCUUUGCAGCAUCGACGACGUCUCUACCGGCAUGCUCUUCAGCGAUGUUCCCGAAAAGCCGUUCGAUCUGUUGGCCGUCGCCUGCAUGCAUAAUCUGGAUGGCAACGCUGCACUGAUCGCUGUCAACCUUCUUUCAUUGCCAAUGCAAAAGACUCCGGAGAGUUUUGGCGUUCUUUUUUCACAGUUUCAUCUUUUGCAAAUGUGCGAGAAGCGCAUGAACAACGGCUCCUUACGAAAUAUCGAUGCCACGUUGGGCUGCCCUUUGGUGAUGCUGGAGCGCGCAAAACUCGACGGCCUAUCAAAAGAUCCCGAGUUGCAAAAGUUUUACUGUGAAGUAUUGUUGGCUUGUGCGAAUUGGCUGCGCACGCUUAUCAAUGCGUUUUCAUCGCAAAACUCUGCAGAAACGCGUCGCAAACUGGUCCAGCGCCUUCAUUUAUUGUGUGAAGUGGAGGAGGAGCUGACCGGGCUGGCCCCGUACAACGGGGAGGCGGCUUCUAAGGAAAGACAGAGCAGACUUCUUGGAACGCGCUUUUUAAUAAGAGAGCUGAACUUCGACGCUUUAGGCCUUUUGAGUCUCGGCUCGACUCUUGACCCGGCUACUGCGCAGGGCUUAUGCAGAGACACCGAAGGUGCCCUGCUGCUGAACGCUCCGCAGCUCGCCCUUCUCACAGAGGAGUUAGAGCGCAAGCUGGUUAUCUUUCCUCCAAAAAAUGGUGCAGAAACCACGUGGACCUCCUUGGUUUCGCUGCUGCCUUUUCUUUGCAAGCACAUAGAAACUGCACUGCGUGCUUACCAGGGCUUGUCAAACCGAAGUGACUGUAAAAGUGAAACAAUUUCUGCAAUAUCGAGACUAGCAGAAAUGAUUUUAACUUGUUUUAAGAAGUUACUGACCAAUGAAGAUUCUACUCGUUCCCGUUUACUUCACGAAAUUGUGACUAUCUUCUCCAACCGCAUCGAGGCAAAGUCGCACGCCCCACUCUCUUUUCUCCAGUUAUGCGAGCGAGCGUUCAGUUACCUUUACGGUCUUGUGCCGCUCCUGCCCUCAUUCAAAGCCCAGAAGGAACUUUAUUCUGCGCUGACUUCAUUGGCUAAAGCUACCGAUCUUUUCUCGGCUCGACGUGAUCAGCUGGAAGCGCUCGUCAGGCGAAUACUCGCUUGCGCGCAUCCCCAACAGCACUGUUUUUUAGAAGAGCUUUCUUCCAGCGAACUCUCCUCUCUUUUGACCUCCUUUUUUAGUUUGGUAGAAAAUAAAGAAGCGGAGCUUCAGAUUUUGAUAUCGAAGAUGGAAAUGUUGUUUGAGUGCGGUAGUCAUAAUAAUUUGUGCAUCGGUGCAGUAUAUCUAAAGACCGCGCUGACACAGAUAGUGGGUCAGCUGAAAGUUCUUUUUGAACAUGAGCCCGACAGGCAACUUAGCGACGAGAUGCUUCUACGGUGCAGCGUGCUAUUGGUGGGAAACUUUGCACGUUGCAUCACGGCUGUCAAAAACAUCGAAAAUAAUAAACUUUUUAAUAUUUUGCUGAAGUUGGGGCGACUCUUUUUGGAGGCUUUUAUACGCGUGGGGAUGCCUUUUUUGGAUCAACACUUUUUAAGAUUUAAGGAGGACAUCAGUGCUCUACUGAAAAACUUGCAAAUUGUCACUCGCUAUCUGCACAUCCUUUGCAACCACUCAAAGGAGCGGAAAAGUAUUAUUGCCUCGAAGCACGUGCCCGCUGUGCGGAAGGCGAUGGAGGCGCUGGUGUACCGAGUCAAGCACAUGGUGGAGGUCAACAGCUGCGAGAGUGUUUUCUGGCUCGGCGUCCUGAAGCACCGCAAUUUGCAGGGCGAUGUGGUUUCCUCUCAAUUCGAGCCGGGCUCCUGUCCGAGCGAGACAAGCGGCAGUAUCGUUGGGGAUUCCGCUAGUUUUCCUACUAAUCACUGCUCCACCCAAGACUACGACGAAAGUUUUUCUUAACGGCACUUCCCUAGAACUUUUUCCUCACUUUAUAGGAAUAAAACUGC